AUGAGUAUUAUUAACUUAAUAAAUAAAGUGUCAAGCUUGAGAGUCAAUCCAAGCUGGUGUUUGACUAGACUAACCCGGUACGCGACAAAACAAGAUUCCAAAGACCCAGAGCCGGAAAUUCCACGAAAUGAAUUGCAAGGAUUGUUCAGCGCCCAGAAUCAGAAGGAAAACGGCAAACCCUACGACAAAAAGCCCUUCAAAAUGAGGCUCGAGGCCGGGAAAAGGUACGCCUGGUGUCUCUGCGGGCACAGCAAGAGUCAGCCCAUCUGCGACGGCACUCACAAGAAUAUUUUCCUUAAAAUAAAAUUGAGGCCCAUUUUGUUCGAAGUUAAAGAAAGUAAAGAGUACUGGCUGUGUAAUUGUAAGCAGACUUCCAACAGGCCCUUCUGCGACGGGUCUCAUUUCGAUGAUGAUAUCCAGUCUAAGAGAUUUUAG